CACUUCUAGUUCUAGAAUUAAUAAUACUUCAGACUUUCUCCAAAUUAAUAAUAUCCUUGAAAAUUAUAAUUCUAAACCAGUAUUAGAAGAUAAUUAUCUCUUUAAUAACAAAUUUGCAAACAUGAUAGAAAUAACAGAGCAUGAUGAUGAUGUUGAUAUACUUACAUACUGCAUAGACAAAGUAGAGCAAUUCGUUUUUAUGCAGUUUCAGAAUACUGAAUCAUAUGAUGAACCUACAAAAUUUGUAUUCGAAAUUAAAUUAGAUAAAGAGCUUUUAGAUAGUAUUGCACUUAGCCAAGAUCUUGAAACAAAUCUAUUAGAUUUGGAGAGAAUCAAAAAUAGCUUUGCACAACUUACUAAAAUUCUUAUGUUAUUAUUAGAAUCUGAAUCUAAAUAUUAUUAA